GCCAUGCUGGGGCCGAAUCCCAGUGCGACGAGCGUGGGCACCUCGGGUCGCUCCCCCAGCAAAGCCGUAGCCCCGAGGGUCACCGUCCGGCAAAGAAAAAAUGCUAGCUGUGGAACAAGGAGUGCAGGCCGUAUGACAUCUGCAGGCACAGGGGGAAUGUGGAGAUUCUAUACAGAGGAUUCUCCUGGCCUUAAAGUUGGUCCUUUUCCAGUUCUCGUAAUGAGUCUUCUCUUUAUUACAUCUGUAUUUAUGUUGCACAUCUGGGGCAAAUACACAUGCUCGUAAUUUGGCUAGUCCAUCAGCCAGCUGGAAAACUACAAUUCGGACCAAAAGUAUGAUGGAUUUUCAGGUUUCUUUCCCCUUAGAAUGUAUUUGGUACACGCAUCUAGACCUGUUGAAGAGGAGCCCCUCCUUUGUUUAGCU